UAAGUAAGUCGAAAAGAAAUACAGCGACAGGGAAGUGGUGCAUGCACUGAAUUCGGGGCUCGCUGGAACUUUAACACUGUGCGACUGCAAGAAUGGAAGCCAAGGGUGUUCUGGCGUCUCACUCCACUCAAUUGGCCGAGUUACAGGCAACCUUGGGAGCAGCAUUUAAGCUUCAGCAAGAAGAUAGGAGCAAGAACACAGAGACAUCUGAAGAUGGUUUUGUAUAUACUGGAAGCAUCAUCUCAGGAACACGAAACGAGCUGUUUCAGAUGAUCCAAAAUGGGAACGGGUUUGAAGAGGAGGAGAACACUGUCAUCACAGAUAGCAUGAGCGUCACCACGGCAGAUGAGGAGAAGGUCCAGCUCCUGAACAGGAACACGGACCUCCGACGCGUGAACAAAGAGCUGGUGAAACUCAACCAGGAAUGGGAUCAUGUCCACCGAUUGAUGACAAUAGGAAUGCAGCAAAGGCUGUCAGUGCUGCAGGAGGAAGUCUCAGAUAGCAACAAGCACGCCAAGACCCUGUCCAAAAAACUGGACAAUGAAGAGCGCAAAAGGGAGUAUUACGAACAGUCACUAAUCCAAGAGAUGAAGAAGAACCAGCAGCUUCAGGGCUACAUCCGGGAACUGGAGAAUGAAUUACACAGCAUGAGAGAGAGGGUCCGGGGGCCGCUGGAGGAGCCAUGGAGGCUUGGCCAGAGCAGCGAAGAUUCAGCCAUCGUCUAUCACCACCCGAGGACAGAUUAUGAAGAGGAGACAACUCGAUCAGCAAAUGCUCUGGGAAUAGGGGAGAAGACAAGAGAACACAGUCAGUCCAAGCGAUCGAAACCUGAGGCAGCGCACCCCACAGCAAGCAACAAAAUCUCCCCGCAAGAGUUUAAGGAUCUGCGAGACCAAGUGGCUGCCCUCAGAUGUCAGACAAAGCUCUACGAGGCCGAUUACAAGACGGAACGCAAAGACCGUCAGCGCACACAGGCUGAGAACGAAAAGCUGAAGAAGAAAACGGAAGAUUUGGGAUUGCAGAUGAACCUUCUCCAGGAGCAGGUCAAAAUAUACGAAGACGAUUUCAAGCGGGAACGAUCGGACAAGCAAAUUCUCCAGCGUCUCCUGAAGAGCAAGGCAGAGCCGAAGAGCCUGUGCUGGUCCACAGGUGUAACAACACCCACCAGAAAUCUCCGGAGACCAGAAGAGGCCAGUGCACUCACUGCCUGGAGCGCUCCAUACACAAACACACAGAGUGCUCAAAGCAUCGUCGACUCCGAGAUGCCAAUAUCCAGGAGCAAUCCUAUACUUUAGACUACCGAUAAAAG